AGCCUGCAAAACUCAAAAGGCAAUUUGAUUUCGAAUUCACAAGUUUUCGGUUUUCUCUUUUAAUUUUCUCUUGGUCUGGAAAAGAAACUGUUUCUGCUGAUAUAAGUAAUAAUAUUUCUUCUGUGCCGUUGAAGCCAAUCGGUUGCGCAGAAAUGUCUAAUGUACCAAUCUUCGAAAAAACGUACCGCGGUGGCGAUGUGAUGAUCCUGGAAGGCUACGAAUACUUGUCUGAUCGACGAAGGAACUCAUCGUCAACAAACGAUCAAGUCUGGCGUUGUCGUAGUUUGAAUACCUGCACGACGCGGCUACAUCUGAGCGGCGACAUUGGCACGCUGAACAAGUUGCACAAUCACGCACCUCAGCGGCCACAACUGGAGAACAGUUCGCCAGCGAACGUGAAGAAGCGCCAUCGGGAAGUGAUAGACGCCAACAUGAUGUCGCGGGCUCGCUCGGAACAUCCACAGCAACGCGCACAUCUGGGAUUGCUGCCGCGCGCGGUCUCCGUUAAUCAGAAAAUGCAGUCGGGUUCGUCGAUUCGCUAUACAUGCGAUCAGUCAGAAUUGCGUCCAAAGCCCAAGAAAAACACAGCCAAAAAGCCUAAAACUGAAACGGCAAAAAAGCCGAAGGGAGAAGCGGAGAUUCCUGCUGCGGCAUUCGCCUCCGACUACGAUGACCAGCAGAUGUACGCGCCUGCUCUCCCGCAAACCAUCAUGCACCGUUCGGCCAACCGGGAAAGCGAACGGGAGUAUGCAGACGCCUGGUCGCGGCCGGAACGCAGCCACAGCACAACUGCGGACGCCCGUGUCAAAGGCAGCUCAUCGGGAUCGAAUACGGCGCCGGCCGAAGAAAAAUUCGUGCAUUAUAUCUCGGCACUUCUGAAAAUGUUCUCAGCCAAGAAAAAACGCCGGUAUAUGCAGGCCAUUCGCAAGACCAUUAUCAAAUUGGAUAUGGAAUUCGUCGAUGAUGAUUCGGAUAUCGAAAUGCUGGAAUAGCAGACAUUAUGGUGUUAGCAGCGUUCCGCUGCAGUGUUUCUCUCGCUCAGGGGUACCGUUACGCUAAUCAAUCUGGAUUUGAUGUGUUUCGUUAGUUUAUUGAUACGGUGCCGCAUUUCUGUGUUGAGACGAUAUGGAUCUGCAGGAAGAUUGGAAUAGAUUUUGUUUUUGUACAUGCUGAGAUUUAUGACGUUUACAUGAUGAGUUUCAUUCACAUUACUAGAGACGCUUAUAAUAACCGGAAGUCCAUAACUUCUUGCAGUAAUGUAAUCAUGAAACUUUGUUUCUUUCAUGUACGAGUAGUCUAGUAAACUUGUAGGUACUCGCAACCAGCAUUAAACAAA